CAAAACCACAGCGUUUGGGAGCGUGAACGAAGUUGACGAGCCCUCAGCGGUUCAGUUGCGACUCCAAGACCCUCCCGCCUCAUUCCCAGGGCCCGCUCAGCUCUUCGUUCCUUGCUCGGCUCAAAAGACACAAAACGUGCCCCUCGUGAGCCCCGCACUUUGCAGCCAUGAUGGCGCCCAAGAACCGCAUUAUUAUCGAUACCGACCCAGGGGUUGACGAUGUCUUGGCCCUGCUGCUGGCCCUCAGCGCCUCGCCCGAGGAGCUCGAGGUGGUCAUGAUCUCGGUUACCUACGGCAACGUUCCACUGCAGAGGUGCCUCCGGAAUGUCGUGGCCUUGUUCCACGUGCUGGAGAAGGAGAUGGCCUGGCGGGAGGCCACCGGAAAGCCCGCAUACGGUGCCUUGAACGCCUACAAGCCCAUCGUGGCUGUCGGCGCCGAGCACGCCCUCGAGGACGAGAAACUAGUACAGGAUCACUUCCAUGGUUCUGAUGGUCUGCACGGCGUCCAUGAUGCGCAUCCGCAUCUGUCCCCAGCCGACACCUGGCGCAACCUGUUCGAAGAGGCCCCCGAUGGGCCGAGCGUGUCCUCCGAACCACCCUCGUACUCGAGAUACUUUACCCCGAGCAGGACCCCUGCGCACAAGGAGAUGCUUCGGAUCCUAAGGGAGGAGCCGGAGAGCACCGUCACCAUUGUGGCCAUCGGCCCACUGACCAACGUAGCCCUGGCGGCGUCUGAGGACCCGGAGACCUUCCUGCGCGUCAAAGAGCUCGUCGUCAUGGGAGGAGCGGUCGAGGUCGAAGGCAACGUCAGCCCGUGCGCCGAGUUCAACUGUCUCGCCGACGCGGUCGCGGCUGCUCGCGUCUUCGCCCUGACGUCGCUCAUCCCCUCGUCAACCAUGCCGCCCACAAUCCAUGGCAAAUCCUUCCUGCCGCCUUACCCCGCCAAGCUGUCCCGCCAGCUGAAGCUGACGCUCUUCCCACUCGACAUCACCACCCCGCACGAGCUCAGGCGGCGCGCCUUCAACGAAGUGGUCCAGCCACUCAAGGAGGCCGGCAGCCCGCUCGCCCAGUGGACCGACACCUUCAUGAACGGGACUUUCAACAAGAUCGACUCGAUGCUCGGCGACGGCAGCGGGGCCGGCCUGUCGCUGCACGACCCCCUCUGCGUCUGGUACAUGCUGUCGCGCGACGACCCCGGCUGGAAGACGGUGGCCAAGCCCCAGGACAUCCGCAUCGAGACGUGCGGGCAGUGGACCCGGGGCAUGCACAUCAUUGACAGGCGGAUCCGGGCCAAGCCCGGCGAAGCGGGCACAGCGGUGCAGACGCACCCGGCGGAUCCUAUGGACGCCGUCAGCGUCACGGUGGAUGAGGUCCCUGGCGACACGAUGGGCUGGCUCAGCGUACGGAAGGGCAACAGGAUCAAUAGGAUGCUCGAGUCGCCCGUCCGGGACACCUUCGCGGAGAUUCUGCUAAAGAAGGUGUUCGCGUAAGGAGGGACGCAGGCAAAGAAUAUAGACCGUUGCUGUAUGAGACCUGGUUUGUUUCAUUCUGGGUAUCUUAAAACCGAGGUAGCCAUCGGGUGGAGGAGUAAAAUCCAGCCACCCUUUCUAUCUCUUUCUCCUCUCAAUGUCAGCGAAUAAUCUCUCG